AUGACUGAGGCAGGGGAUUUGGCGAACAGUGAGAACCUAAGAAUGAAAUAUUUCCCCAGUUCUUUAACGAAGAAUGCCUUCAUGUGGUUUACAACUUUGCCACCAAAUUCCAUAGAUACUUGGCCUCAUUUGGAGAGAUUAUUUCAUGAACAAUUCUACAUGGGCCAAACUAAGAUAAGUCUUAAGGAAUUAGCCAGUAUUAAAAGAAAAUUCACUGAACCCAUAGAUGAUUAUCUGAAUAGGUUCCGUCUGUUGAAAUCUAUAUGCUUUACAGUAGUGCCUGAACAUGAAUUGGUCGAAAUGGCCGCUGGAGGAGCGAAUAAGAAUUAUAAGAAAGAAAGGGUUGCUUAUGUCGAAUUCGAAGAUGAGGAGUCUGAAAUCUCUAAUGACCCUUAUGGUCUCGAGGAAUUCGAAGUAGAUUUGGCUGAAUUAAAAGAAGCACCACCACCUUAUGCUUGUAAAUUACUUACACCUUCGAAUGGCAGGAACCCUGUCGAAACUGAAAAGAAUGAUAGAUUUCCUAAAAAGACUUACACAUUUGACGUUACCAAAUGUGAUGAAAUCUUCGAUAUAUUAGUAAAAGAUGGCCAAAUGAUAGUGCCUCAUAAUACCAAAAUUCCUCUGUUGGAACAACGGAAGAAAAUAGGCUUCUCUAAAUAUCACAAUUUUUUAGGCUAUAAAACCUCACAAUGCUUUCUUUUCAGGGAUCUCAUUCAGAAUGCAAUUAAGGAUGGCCGCCUCAAGUUCACUGACAAGGGGAGAAACCAGAUGAAGGUUGAUGUUGACCCCCUCAACAUUGCUGACAAAAAAUUAUGUUUAACCUGUCGAAAUCAACAUGAUUGA